AUGUCUGAGGAGCGGUUGGGAUGGUGCGAGGAGGCGUUGAAGCAGCUGAAGAAACGGAUACGCGAGCUUGACGCUGUAUCGAAUGUGACUGGGAAGCAAAGAUUCGUGGAGGAGUUCGAAGGGCUGCGGGCGCAGGCGAGAGCCUCGGGGGAGAGCAGGCAGGAAGCGACCUCGGCGAUGCUGCCAGUCAACCGCCCCAAGAACCGCUACAUUGACGUGCUCCCUUAUGAAAACAGCCGGGUCCUUUUGGGGGGCCAGAGCGGAACACAAUCGGACGGCUCAGAUUACAUCAACGCGUCGCAUAUAGUCACGAACCCGUCGGAGGCACACAUGCCACGGUACAUAGCGGCCCAGGGCCCUCUGGACGACACUGCAGCAGCCUUCUGGCACAUGGUGUGGGAGCAGCGCGCCGCUGCUGUCAUUAUGCUCACACGGGAGGUGGAGGGGUCAAGGAUCAAGUGUGCGCACUACUUCCCGUCCAAGGCGGGUGCAAGCGAGGCGUACGGGCACAUGCGCGUGAGCAACGAGGGGACAGUGGAGAUGAGUGAUGGCGGCACACUGCAGCGCCAACUCACCGUCACCAACGAGUCGACACCAGGCGCGCCCCUCUCGCUGCUGCAUCUGCACUACCUAGACUGGCCCGACCACGGGGUGCCCAGAAGCACGGAGUCCAUUCGGGAUCUCAUCCGCUCCCUCAGAGACUCGCCCUCAUCCAGUGGACCGUUCGUCAUCCACUGCAGUGCGGGCAUCGGGCGCACAGGAGCCUACUGUGUGGUGGACCAUGCAGUGCGGCGUGUGCUACAGGGGGACCUCUCAGCUCUCAACAUGGCUGCAACGGUGCUGCUGCUGCGGCAGCAGCGGGCCGGCAUGGUGCAGACCAAGGAGCAGUAUCGCUUCUGCUACACCGCAGUGCGCGAUGAACUCAAGCAUCUCAUCAAGACCUUCAACACGGGCCCUGACUCUGACGACUCCUGA